AACCGCACAAGUUGACAUCAAGCUUCCAAAUGUUCUUCAUUGACAUAACUCUGAAAGGAGUUCCAAUUUUCCAGGUGUGGUGAUCCAUGUGAACCAUGUCUUGCUUCAUGCCCGUCAAGGUGUAAACAUCAGCAGUGUGGGAACGGUGGCUCUCCAGGAGAAAUUGCCUUCGGUCGGAAUUGUUCAGAACCUUGUGUACUUUGUCCCAGACUGUGUGACAAUAGCUGUCAACAUCGUAGCUGCGGUAAAAGUAUGUGAUGUAAAACCAUGUGAGCAACCAUGUACAAUGCGACUGAUGUGCGGUCACGCAUGCCUUGGCAUGUGUUGCGAGACAUGUCCAAGUCUCUGCGGUACUUGUAACAGGCAGAGCUAUGUCUCACUGAUCAAAGAAUAUCUCGGAGCAUAUGAAGCUCUCAGCAAACUGCCAAGGAUCAUCGUGAUCAAUGGAUGCAAGCAUAUUUUCCCAGUAGAGGAAAUUGCCUUCGGUCGGAAUUGUUCACAACCUUGUGUACUUUGUCCCAGACUGUGUGACAAUAGCUGUCAACAUCGUAGCUGCGGUAAAAGGUGUUAUGAGGUAUGUGAUGUAAAACCAUGUGAGCAACCAUGUACAAUGCGACUGAUGUGCGGUCACGCAUGCCUUGGCAUGUGUAGCGAGACAUGUCCAAGUCUCUGCGGUACUUGUAACAGACAGAGCUAUGUAUCACUGAUCAAAGAAUAUCUCGGAGCAUGUAAAACUCUCAGCAAACUGCCAAGGAUCAUCGUGAUCAAUGGAUGCAAACAUAUUUUCCCAGUAGAGUUCCUCGACAAGCACGUUUCAUCAAGCCAAGAGCAAAGUAGCACACUGCUUUGCCCCUUUCCCGGCUGUGAAGUACCUUUGUCAGGUAUUCAACGGUACUCGAGGCAAAUCAAGAAACAAAUCUUGGAAAAAUAUCAGCAGCGUUUCGUGUCUGCAUUGACUAUGUCCGAAAAUUCAAGAAGGAAAGUGAUGAACACAUGUCGGAAUAUCAUUCAGAAGGAGCUGAAAGAUUGCAAGGAAGUGCACAGAUUGUCAUCACAGAGACGCAUGCCAAAACGUGAGCACGAACUAGUGGAUACGAUAGUAGAUUUGGUCACUAAUGCGGAGAAAAUAUUGGUCGACGAGCAGUUAAAAGGGAGUGAUCUUUAUUGCUUUUGGAAGGAAUACACUAAAUGUAUUGUUAUACUGUCGCAAUUAGCUCAUGCAUUUGUGAUUGGAGUGCGAUUCACAAAAAAUAGCCCACCUCUAAUUCGCGAACUUCUUUUUGAUAUUGUUGGUAGAGGAGGUGUUCAUAAAGCUUUUGUAAGUUUUCGUCAACUCAUUUGA